UACAUUGGCUGGCAGUUGGUUGAGGAACUACACGCCCAGUGAACAAAGUUUAGCUGGUCCAUGAAAAGGGCUAAUAUUCCAUUCAUCAGACUGAAGAUAUUCCUUGAGAGGACAGGUGGGCUAACCUGUCAACUAUUUGGAUAUAGAUUUGCUGAUGGAGAACUUCAUUCUAUAUGAAGAAAUAGGGAGGGGAAGCAAGUCCGUUGUAUACAAAGGUAGAAGAAAAGGUAGUAUUCACUUUGUUGCAAUCAUUUGCAGCGAGAAAUCAAAAAGACCUGAAUUAACAAACCACGUGCGACUGACUCACGAUAUCCAACAAGAUAAUGUGGUGUCAUUCUAUGAGUGGUAUGAGACCAGUAAUCAUCUGUGGCUGGUUGUGGAGUUGUGCACUGGAGGCUCACUUGAAGCAGUUAUAUCUCAGGAUGAAUGUCUCUCUGAAGACGUUGUCAGAGAAUUUGGAAUUGACCUUGUCAGAGGGCUGAGGCACAUCCACGAAUCUGGUAUCGUGUUCUCUGAUCUCACUCCAGCCAAGAUUUUACUGGAUGGUCCCGGUACACUCAAGUACUCAAAUUUCUGUCUGGCCAAAGCUGAGGGGGAGAGCCUGGAAGAGUUCUUUGCCCUGGUCCUCUCAGCCGAUACAGGUGUCGGCGACAGCAAAGAGAUGGUGCCCAGUAAGAAUAUAAAGAACCGAAUCCAAGGUUCUCCUGUGUACUGUGCUCCUGAGGUGGUCAGAGGAGAGCCCACCUGUGUCUCCAGCGACCUCUGGGCCUUAGGCUGCAUAUUCUACGAGAUGUUCACAGGGAGACCUCCAUUCUUUUCCGAGACCUUCUUAGACUUGACUGAGCUAAUUUUACACGAGGACCCUCCAACACCAAGAAAAAAAGGUGCCGCCUGCUCGAAACUCAGCCCAGAAUUUCAGAGCCUGCUGACAGAUUUGCUACAGAAAGAUCCCCAGAAGAGGUUGGGCUGGGUGGGACUCCUGUCACACUCCUUCUGGAGGGGGGCAUUCUCAGACAAGCACCCCUCCGAGGAAGAGGAAGAAGAGGACUCCCUGAUUUCCAGCCUGCAUCUGGUGUCACUGGGGCCAGCGGGAUCAGAAGAGAGGCACACUGGGCCAGCGGGGCCUGCCAGCCCACACCUCAGCAAGUCUUUCACAUUAGAUAGUGUGACUGAGUUCAAACCCAAGUCUGCCCUGGACAAUGAUGCCAGAGAGUCUGUCUUCCUUCUCAGCUCCCGCGCGACCCCGAGAACAAGCAGUGCUGCCAGAGCGCCCGAGAGCGGCGAGACGGCCGAGAGCAGAGGAGACGAUGCACUGGCGGAGCCCCCGACUGACAUCAUGCCCUGCAUCAAGGAGCUCUUGUACACGGACUCUGACCUGGCAGUCACUCCUAUCAUGGAUAAUCCAAAGAUCAUGAAGAGCGCUCCCCUGAGAUUCGACUCAAAGACGCUGUGUGUGCCAGCAUACUCAGCGGAGAGGCUGCUGUCCCUGAGCCCAGAGGAGUGGCUGGCGUUCCUGCAGCAGCUGAGUGCCUCUCUGGAGGUGGCCGACAGCACCAAGGGCUCCACGCCGCGCGCCAAACUCAACCUGCUCAGCUACCUGUGCUGCAUCGCCCCCACACACCGCACGCUCGCCACGCGCCUCAUCAACUCCUCCCUGUUCCCAGUGCUGACCCAGCAGCUGCGUGUGGCCCCAAACUGGGAUGUGAAGACUAAAGUGAUGCGAUUGCAAGGUCUGCUGGCUCUACACUGCACAGAGCUCAAUGAAGACACACCCGUUCCAGAGGCCGUGGCAAUGUUCACAGAGCUCCUCCGAGAGAACUUCAGGAACAGCAAACUGAAGCAGUGCCUUCUGCCACCACUAGGGGAGCUGUUGCAUCUCAUGGCUUGUCAGGAGAAAAAAGAGCACCCAGGAGGAUUGUGGGUCGUUCCUGCUGCUGCCUACACGGUGUUAAUGAGGUGCCUUCGGGAAGGGGAGGAGCUGGUGGUCAACCACAUGGCAGCUAAGGUGGUGGAGAACGUGUGCAGCACGGUGUCCCACUAUGCCCAAGGCUUUAUCACACCUGAGAUCGGCCCCACUCUCUGGUACCUCUUCACCCACUCAACAGUAGACGCCAUGAGGGUUAGCGCUGUGUCUGCCCUGUGUAAGAUCACACGUCACUCACCUGCUGCCUUCCAGAACGUGAUUGAUAAGGUGGGCCUGCCGGCCCUCCUGAGCUGCUUGGGGUCAGGGGUCAGCCGAGUGCAGCAGCACAUGCUAACCAUGCUAGCAACCACCCUGGCGUCUGGAGUCCAUUCCCAGCGCCUCCUUCAGGACAAGGACUUUGUGAUGAAGAUUGUGCGCUCCCUGGAGAGUCCGUCCGCAGUGAUCCGGGCGAAGGCCUUCCUGGUGCUGCUGCAGGUGCUGAUGUACAGCAGAGACGUGCUGCUCCUGUGCUGUAACUCCAGGCUGGUGAUGUACAUUGAGAGAGACAUCAGAAAGGCCACGCCGGAAGAGCAGCAAAGCGGCAAUGAAUACCUGUCAAAAUGCCUGGGCCUGUUCAUCCGUCACGUCACACUGGAGCUGCCAACCAUCCUGGAUGAUGUCUUGCUUGCACUGGACAGCAUCGUUGGCCGUAAACACCCGUCUCCCGCACAAGCCCGGCAGCUGAAGCAAAGCCUGCCUAUGAUGUCUGUGGUGCUGCAUCUACUCACCUCGCAGAUAUUCAGGCCACAGGUGGUGACGGAUCAGUUUCUUCUCAAAUUUGGGGCGAUUCUGAAUCACAUAACGUCCAUUGAUUCCGGUGAGAUGAGCCUGGGAAGUGCUGUGGGCCCCAGUGGUGCGGAGGAUCUCAUCAGGACCACGCUGAGCGCCGUGGAGGCAGUGACCCAGCACCCGGCCCUGCUCACCCCACACCCCCACAUGGUUGUAGAUUCCAUUCUGCCACCUUUGACCUCACUAGCCUUCAGCAGAAACAUUGAGUGGCGCAUUGUGAGCCUGCGGGUGCUGUCAGACCUAGCAUUGCUGCUCCUGAGCCAGGAGGAGCUGGAAGAGGAUGGAGGGGAGAGGAGCUGCUCCUCAAACGCCAGGCUUCUGAACCUCAUCUCUGAGGCCCUCCUACCACAGUACGAGUCUCUGCUGCUGGAGCCUGACCCCGUACCAGUGUAUGCUCUCAGACUGCUUGCGUCACUUACAGAGCACAGCUCCCAGAUCAGCAGGCUCGUCAAGCAGAGCCGUCUCCUGUCUGCCAUCUUUCAGGUCGUCAUGGACCACCAGAGUAAUGUGUUGGGCGGCACCAUGCAGAAUGCCUUGGCUCUCCUCAGUAACCUGAUAGCAGAGAAGGAUGGCGACCUCCAGCUUUUCUAUAAGCAAGGUGUGGUGGAGAUGGUAUGCAGUGUCCUGCUCUACCUUCAGACCGAGGAGCUUCUGGGCGUGAAGGCCAGUGUGUCCUUGCUGCUGUCUCUGCUGGACAUCCUCCACAGCCUGCUCAAACACCUGUCCACGGUGGUCCGCCACGCACUGCAGGCCCAGAAAGCAGAGAGUUCUGAAGAGACUCAUGCUGCUGAGGAGCUUCUUCUCAUAAACAAGCCACUAACUGAUCUGAACAACCUCCUCAUUCAGAUGCUGGUGAGCGCAGACCUGGAGGUGUACGAGGAGGCCAGCCAGUGCCUGUCCCUGCUGGCGCAGCUGUACGGCGGGCAGGGCCCCGACUGCCUCAUCCCGGAGGACCUCCUCAGCCUGGAGCAGGCGCUGCAGACGCACCCCCAGCCUCGAGAGCAGAAGCUCCUGUUACGGGUCAUCAAACGCCUGAUGAGUGCCUCAGAUGGUUCCUGCUGGUCCUCGGUUGAGGGUCAGAACCUUAUCCUCCUGCUCCAGAGACUCGGCCAUCAUUCCAGGGCCCAGGCCGAGUCUGCCGUGGGCGCUCUCGCCAUGGACAUCUUACAGGGGAUUGGCCACGCAGGCACACUGGAGCUAUAAGUCAAGCAUUGCACUCUUCAUGCUGAAUCUGUACUUUGUAUUUAUUUUUUUAUAUACGGCACAUGUAAUAAAGGAAUAACUUUAA